AUGCAAUCAAAGUUAUUACUCCUCAUCCUGGGCUUUACCGCUGGCGUCCUGAGCAGCCCUGUCAAGCGAAAUGAAGCAGACACCAACUUGAUGUACUCCGAGUACGCAGGCUCGGAUAAGAGAAAUGAAGCAGACACCAACCUGAUGUAUUCCAAGUAUGGAGCAUCCGAGAAGCGCAACGAAGCAGACACCAAUUUGAUGUACUUCAAGUACGGAGCUUCGGAGGAGAAACGGAACGAAGCGGAUACCAACUUGAUGUACUCCAAGUAUGGCAAAUCGGAGUAG